AUGCUCUCCUCGGUCGCUUUCCUUAGCAGCCCAUUGCUUUUGCCAUCCACAGAGUGGUCAGACUAUCGCCGUUCCAUCAUUUUCGGUUUGAGCUUUUCCAUGUUGGGCGACUUCUUUCUUAUCCCUUCGCGGAGUGAGUUCCACGGCUUGGACAGCAAAAACCCAACCUCCAGCCCAUCGAAAGCAGGAGAAAAAGUAUCGAUAUCUUUCCAACUCGGUAUCGUGGCCUUUGCAGCAGCGCAUAUAGCCUACACGAUAGCCUUUUUGCAAGAUUCCAGUGAGACCUCCUGGACCACUUUUGCCGGCACAUUCGUAGCGACCCUGGCCGCUGCAAAAUGGUUAGGUGCCAUAUAUCCGGGGCCCCGCUCCUCACUCCAGUCCAAUGUACUGGACCUCGGUAUUGACCAGGAUAUGAAGCCACUCGUCUCCAUCUAUGCUGUUAUAAUUGGUAUCAUGUUUGCUGCCGCGACUUCCACAUCUUCAUUGAACGCUCCAACCAGCUGGCUGCAAUCGCGAACCUUGGGGGCCGAUAUCACUCUAGUAUUACGUGACGACAACCAUCGCCAUGCAUACUUUAUCACGGCACUGGAAGAUAUCUGCAAAACUCUUGAGAAGAGCAGCAACAGAAGUUUGCGGCCAUGCAGAGAGACAACACAAGCUCAUGAUGAGCUGACCGCCGUCGAGUUGCUCAACAGAUUUGCUGCGUUGACGGUUGAGGAGCCUCGAGAGUCUGUGGAGAUACAACCAGCAAGUGCCGUACCCCAGGAAAUCGUGAUGGUAGAGAUCGUGGAGGAAAGACAAGAGCAGGAGGCUGAAUAUCUAGGCUAUCUGUAUUUCAGGACACUCUGCCUGCUAAGCGACCUGCACAGCCUUCAAGCAUUUAUCUCGAAAAUCUGGUCGGAAUAUGUUGACUGCGAUUUCGAUCUCAUGACGCAUCGAUCGCCACAGACAGCGCCAGCAAUGGCGGGCUCUGCAGCCACUGCCAUCCAAAUUGGCGUCCCGUACAAUGAAGCCAUGGCAGAUUUGGCUGAGUGGUGCUUUUUGCCCACUUUUAUCCUCUUGAAAUUAUUGGCAAGAGUGCUCAAAGACCAUCCUGCGCCCUUGUAUCAGGAGGGUCAUUUUGGUACCUACGAGCCAAGAAUGAUCCUACUCGACGUCCACCACGUGAUGCGGCGAAGCACCUCAAUUGCUCUUGAUGACUUGCGGGUGCCUGGACUUCGGAUCCAAAAGAGAAUUGAAGACUACUGGAAACUUGCCAAGACGCACCUAGAGCCUAAAUUCUGGCCGAGGGAAGGAGAAACAGAAAUCCAUCAUAUCCACUCCAGCAUGAUACAUCCUCGGCCUCUGAAGCACGCGCUCCUCCUGGGGCAUUCGACCCUGUGCGACUUGAUGCUCUUCAAUCUUAAUAUGCGCAUGCAAUACUUUGGCCAAAUGCUCGUGACACAGCGGUACGAUGUCCCGCAAAUGGCAUACCUGUACAAUCUAUUUGCAAGGUCUUCAAAACACAAGGAUCUGCACUGGCCAGAUACGGAGGCUUUUAUCAAAAUACGUGGCGAGUCACAUCUGUUCAUCGGUGUCCGGCCAAUGAAUGUUAUCGACUCGUUGAACCGGCUUGAGCUGGCAGCGGGUGUGUCACCAUUUGCCGAUUUUGCUCGCGGUGCACGCAAAAAGGGAAAAUAUCACAAGUCGGGCGGCAAGACUCGCAGGGUGCUGAAGCCAACGACUACGGUUGCAAAUAUGUUCUGGGCCCGAUACAUCGGCUACUCGGCACAGAAUUUAAAUGCAACUUUAAAUAUUUCAAAGAUUCUGUACCAGAUUUCACCAGGUUUGGGUACUGCAGCUACCAAAAAAGUGGCUUAA